UGAAUAGUCGGGCUCGUAUGGGUUGGACUGAGUGGACUUAACUGUAGUGAAAUCUAUAUUUAUAUUCGUAUUGUAUUAAAUAAUAAAAACAAACUUGUUAAAAUUUAGUAUAAUUCAAUAUUAAUAUAAUUAAUAUAUAAUAACAAUUACGUUUUUUCCUUUUUAAGGAAUAUAGACUUCAUUUUCGUAAAUCAUUCUUUUCUAGUAUACAUCGCAACGGCGCACGAGUGAAACAUAUCAAGUAUCAAAUCUGUCUUAACUUUUAACAAUGGGGAAACGUAAUAAUAUGAUCCCUAAUGGACAUUUCCAUAAAGACUGGCAACGUUUCGUAAAAACUUGGUUCAAUCAACCUGCGAGAAAAUACCGUCGGAGACAAAAUCGCGUAAAAAAAGCUCGUACAGUUGCACCAAGACCCGUGAAUCUUUUAAGACCAGUGGUACAUUGUCCAACAUUCCGUUAUCAUACCAAAGUUAGGGCUGGCAAAGGAUUUACUCUUCAGGAACUAAAAGCUAGUGGUUUAAACAAAAGAUUCGCUCGUACAAUUGGAAUUGCAGUUGAUCCAAGACGACGCAAUAAAUCCAUAGAAUCUUUACAAACAAAUGCACAGAGGCUGAAGGAAUAUAAAGCUAAUUUAAUUCUCUUCCCUAUAAAUGAAAAGAAGCCUAAGAAAGGUGAAGCCAGCGAAGAAGAAAUGAAAGUGGCAAUGCAAGUUAAAGGAGAGGUUAUGCCUAUACGACGCCAACCGGCUAUCAAAGGAAAGAAGCAUGCUAUUACCGACGAUGAAAAGAAAUUCUCUGCGUAUAUAACAUUACGAAAAGCUAGAGCAGAUGCCAGAUUAGUGGGGAUAAGAGCAAAACGUGUGAAGGAUGCUACAGAAAAUCCUGAUGAUGUUACCAAAAUUGGUAAAGACAAAAAGUCUAAGAAGUAAUUUUAAUUUUAUUCUAUUAUUACGUUUUAUUACCACGCGUUAAAACAAAAAAAAAACAAUUACAGAACAAUUUAUAUAUACAGCUUUUCAAGCUUUCUUAAGAAAAUAUAUUAAUAAUUCGGAA